AUGGACAUCGGAGACGUGAAAGCUUUAAUGGCGCGAGCCGGUAUUAAAUUACUAAGUCGCAAGUAUAAAAGAUCCAGCAUUCCCUUCCUGGUCGGCACCAUGACUCAAAGCUAUCCUCUCGACUACGCCAGCAAGGCAGACACCUACUAUCUGGCCUCCAAAGUGAAGGCCAAGCUCACCAAAGAAGCCGUCAAGAAUGACAUCAACCUUCAUAGACUCGUGUGCCAGGCCAACCUCCUGGACAACUUGAUCGACAAGCUGAACGCUGCAGAAGAAAGUAAAGGCCGUAAAGUGUCUUUCGACAACAUCGCAAGCGAGAAGCACGUGCAAUUGGUGGAGCCUGUGAAGCCCAAACUCACGAACCCUCAACAAGACGACGACGACUUUUAUGACGACAGCGAUAGCGACUCUGACGAAGACUACGACUACUACGAAGUGAGCGACGACGAGGACAGCUCAUUGUACAUGAACCACGAGCUGAACGGGUCGACGGUGACGAUAACGACGGAAUGCGUGGACUCCGACGAGGAAGACGAUGUUCCCUCUCUCUCGAGCUGUUCGAGCGAAAGCGAGUCUGAUUACGACAGCGACGAGGAGGCUGGUCAUGUUCGUGUGCAGCACGUUGAGCAUGCUGACAGAGCGAAGAUCGAGGCUGCGCGCAAUUUGAUGAGCUUACGUCAAAGUAUAGUCGAGUGUAUAUGA